AUGAAGGAUUUCCCCUCUUGUUUUGCUGAAAAUGGAGUUCAAGUUGCAGAUGUGUCAUGUACAAGUUCAACCACAACAGCAAUAGCGACUGUAAGUAAAGCGAAAGCUUCUCAAAACUUAGUCACAUGUGUUUACCAGUGUAAAUUGCUUGGUAAAUCUCGUUUAAUAAUCAUCACUUGGAGCAAGAAUCUUGUGGGUCAUUGCUUUAGUGUUGAAAUCGAAGAUCUGUCGAAUAAAUGUCUCUCCAGACUCGAUGUUAAGCCUUCGAUUUUCUCAAAAAGAAAAGGUUCCAGACGUCUUCAAGUCGAUUUCGUCGCCAUUGAUGUCUGUUGGGACCUUACAAAUGCUAAAUUCGGAUCCAGCCCGGAACCCGUUGAAGGUUUCUACUUGGUUCUUGCUUUUAAAGGUGAGAUCGUUUUGUUAAUUGGGGAUCUAAGAAAAGAAACCUUCAAGAAAACAAAUGGGUUGUCGAAUUCGUUCCGUGUUUUGAAAAGAGAACACAUUUUUGGGAAGAAAGUGUUUGCUACGAAAGCUCAAUUCAAAGAUAAUGGUAAGAUCCAUGACCUCCGGAUCGAGUGUGAUACCUGCGGCCUCGAUCCUCGACUGGUGGUCCGUUUGGACGAGAAGAUAGUGAUGCAGGUGAAGCGUCUGCUAUGGAAGUUCCGAGGGAAUUACACCAUCGCCGUUGACGGACUUCCGGUGGAAGUAUACUGGGAUGUGCAUAACUGGUUGUUUGGAUCAACAACCGGAAGUGCAGUGUUCAUGUUUCAGACUUGUUCUGGUGUUGAGAAAAGCGCAACAUUUUCUGAUCCGUUUAUAGUUCCCUCCAGGUUGCCUUGUCCUGGUUUUUGUUUGACAUUGUAUGCUUGGAAGAAUGAAUGA